AUGUCCUCUUUUAGACUUGGAGUCUCUAGGGUCGCCCGUCAGGUUCGGGCCCCUUGUGUGCGCAACACGAGGCGAUAUGCCUCCGACAGCCACGGUCCUGCCGACCACACCCACAGCGCUGCCGGUCAUGGGGAGCACCACCACGCCAAUGCCGCAGAUGCCAACGAGGAGCUUGGAACUGCCUUCUAUGUGAUAUUCGGCGCCAUCCCCGCAUUCGGUGCUCUUUAUUAUGUCUCUCGGCCGGGCAAGGACGGACAGCCGAACAGUAUCACGAAGUGGUUGCAGAAGUGGGAGGAGCACCAAGAGGCUUUGGCGGACAAGAACGCUCUGGUCACAGCGGCACUCGAGCAGGCUGCUCACGACAAGCAUCUUUUCUAUUACGUCGACCAACUGAGAAGCGGACACUACGAAAUGAAAUAUCCCGAGGUCUUCCAGCACGGUAGCGCGCGCAACGUCCCGGCCGGUACCUAUAUCAGCUUGGACAAGGUUGUCGAGGUUUACAGGAAGCAGCACCUUGACGAAGAGGAGCGCAAGGCGAAGAAGCUGGCGGCGGCCAACUAG